UUUUCUUAAAUCAGAUCUUCAAAGAAGUCCACCUCGGCUUGCUCACUCCCCGCAGUUCCCGAUAUCCAUUCUUGUACUCUACCAAGGCUAAGUACAAGCCUUCUUCGCCUGUCGCGAACAACAUCUAAAAUCUCUUCCUCGGAAAAACCUGGUGAUCAUUUUACUCUUUGCUUAGAGAAAGCGGCCAAUUUCUCUCAAGAUGGGUCUCAACAACCCUCUUCCGUCGUCUAUGGCGUCGGAAUGCAAGAAAUGCGGCAAGAUUCUCACCUCGUUUAUUGACCCACGUCAAGCAUUCGGACCCGACAAGAUAAUUCCUCCGACGGUUCUCGCAAAUGCAAAGGGCCUGGCGAUCCUCACUGUUAUCAAAGCUGGUUUCCUUGGAUCCGCACGUUUCGGAUCCGGUCUUGUCGUUGCUCGUUUACCUGACGGCACAUGGUCUGCGCCCUCUGCCAUUAUAACCGCGGGUGGUGGUUUUGGUGGCCAGAUCGGCUUCGAAAUAACCGAUUUCGUUUUUAUUCUCAACGAUUCACAUGCUGUCAAGACAUUCUCCCAACAAGGCUCCAUCACGCUCGGCGGGAACGUCUCUAUAGCAGCGGGACCUGUUGGCCGAAAUGCAGAAGCUGCUGGUGCUGCGUCUUUGAAGGGUGUAGCGGGUGUGUUUAGUUACAGCAAGACGAAGGGCUUGUUUGCUGGUGUGUCGUUAGAAGGUUCUGCGAUAGUGGAACGUAGAGAUGCGAACGAGAAACUAUAUGGCCAACGCUGGACAGCAGCACAACUCCUAUCAGGUUCCGUCAAACCGACGCCGCAAGCCGCACCGUUGAUGGCUGUCUUGAACUCAAGGAUAUUCGCGGGUGUGCGUCAAGGCAAUAUCGACGACGCUAUGUACAACGACGUCCCUGUCUACGACGACCGACAUGACGACGUGGUGUGGAAUAACCAACGUGCUAGUGUUCCUGUGCCCCCGCCUACCGGACAAAGUGAGUUUGGAGCACCAAAGCGCGCGAAUACCUGGCAGGACGAUAUAUAUGAUCAACCAGCUAGCAGCGGGCUUGGUAGAUCCGGUACCGUGGCAGGCCGACAAAACAAUGAUAACGACUAUGUAUAUCGCGAUCGCCCGGCUACCGAUGACAAGAAACCGGGUCCUGGUCGACCUGCAGCGCCAAAACCUAACUUCGCUAGCAAGCAGGCGAUGAUGAAGAAGAAUGAAGCAAUCGCGCUGUUUAACUUUGAAGCCGACCAGCCGGGUGAUUUGGCAUUCAAAAAGGGUGAAGUUAUUACUGUGCUGAAGAAGACGGAGAGUGAUAAUGACUGGUGGACUGGCAUGAUUGGCUCGAGACACGGCAUAUUCCCAAGCAAUUAUGUCAAGAUGAGGGAAUGAAAGGGGUUGUAUGGCCAAGGUCCACAACCCUAGGACCAACUCCUUAGGACCGAUUUUGAGAACAGAGAGGCGUCAUCGGAUGGUGGCGGGUAUGGACAUGAGGAACGGAAAGCAGUUAUGAAAUUGGUUGCUUAUUUAGAUACCUGACACGCUCUUGGAGUACUUAGAUUCUAGUCCCUCGCAAAUGGGUUUUCUAUUCAACUGGGAUGGGUUGGCGGUUCGCUUCAUGAUCCAUUGUUUACCUAGGUUUCUUUCUAUACAACACACAGGCAUUGUGAAUAUGAUUUUGAAUAUAUAUAUAUAUCGGUUGAUGGAGACUUAAAAGCGACUUUUAAGGCGGACUUACGAAGUGUCAAUGGAAAUACUGCGAGAUAUUGACC